CAGUUCAUGGACGUGACGUAAAUUCCGGCCGCCAAGCAGCGACAGGAGUUUUUCGCGGUAAAAUGAAAAUGGACAUCUGACGUUAGAUCAGAUUUAUUUCACCGUUUAACGUGAAGCUGAUGCUUGAAGCUCGUGUUUGGAAGUCACGUGAAGAGACCCGGGUCAUUGUUGUUGUUGUUGUUGUUGUUGUUGUUGUUAUGAAGUGAGAGCAAAGCUAACGUUAGCUGCAGAAGUACCAAAACAUUAGUAAACAUUACAAGUUGAACAAUGGCAGCAGUGACCGGAGAGAGGCUCAAAUCAGAGCUGGAGAUGUUCGACAUACCCUGCAGAGAUGACUCCGUGCUCGACAAGAUGGUGGAGCAGUGCAUCUGUAACAGGAUACAGGCAGAUGAGAUGGUGCUGGAGUGGGUGGCAUACAGCACCACUAAAAAUGGACUCAAACUCACCACGGACACCUUGGAGCAAUUCGAACACGAGGUGUUAAACAAGAAGAACAAAUCCAAACCGAGCUUCAGGAAAGAAGAAACUCAUAACAGAACCAGAGACAUCCACUCACUACAGGAACUAAUCAAAGCUGAGGAAGAGGAGGAGAACCUGCUGGACUCCUACUCUACUCCUGCUAAAGGCUCCCAGAAGCGAGCACUGACCACCCCUGAACACCCUCAUUCAAAAAGAAGUGUAGCUCUCCUGGCCAGCCCGGGCCUGCUGCUGUCUCCUGCCAGCUUUUCUCCCAGUUCAACCCCCUCACAGAAGUACAGCCAGCGAGGAGCGAAAGGGGAGGUGGUGGUUACGUUCGGGGCUGUGCAGGGCACCCGCUGGGCAGGGAGGAAGGCUCUGGGUGCAGGCGUUCAGUUGGAGCUGCUGGAAGGGCCCGAAGACUCCCUCACCUGCAGCUACAAGUACAUGUUCCAGAGGCUGCGCGAUGUUCGAAAUGUGUUGACAGAGAAGAUCGAGGAGCUCGGCGAGGGCCUCAAGUCUCACUUCAACAUCGAGGAGUUCUCUCCUGUCUCUCUGCCGGCUCAGGACUGUGUAACAGUGUUGGGUCAGGUUUGCUGCGACAGUAACGGCAAACUGAACGCACAGUCGGUUCUGUUGGAGGCGGGACCAGAGCAAGGUGGUCAGCAAGUACCUGUUGACCUAUCAGAGCUCAAAGAGUACUCUCUGUUUCCUGGUCAGGUGGUAGUGUUGGAGGGGAUGAACACAACAGGGAGAAAACUGAUGGCUUCCAAACUCUACGAGGGAGUGCCUCUUCCUUUCUACACUCCUGAGGAGAAAAUGGAGCUGGACGAAGAGCCUAUGAACGUACUGGUGGCAUGUGGACCGUACACUCCCUCUGACAGCCUGACCUUUGACCCUCUGCUGGACCUAAUCAAUGUCAUUGUCAGGGAUCGCCCUGAUGUCUGCCUGCUGCUGGGCCCGUUUGUGGAUUCCAAACAUGAACAAAUUGAGAAAGCUCAGGUGACCGAGACGUUUGAGGCCAUUUUCUCAAGAUGUAUCGAAAGCAUUGUGGAUGGAACAAAAAGCGUUGGCUGUCGCUUAGUGUUUGUACCCUCCCAGAGAGACAUCCACCAUCAUUUCAUCUACCCGCAGCCUCCCUUCGUCCUGCCAAACCUCAGCAAGGACCAGGCCCAGCGUGUCACCCUGGUACCUGAUCCCUGCACCCUGCUGAUCGAUGGUGUCACCUUUGGCUUGACAUCCACUGACAUCCUGUUCCACAUGGGCGCAGAGGAGAUCAGCUGUGGCACUGGAUCGGACAGAUUCUCACGCAUCCUGAAGCACAUGCUGACCCAGAGGAGCUACUACCCGCUCUACCCGCCCGUGGAGGAGGUGAACAUGGAUUAUGAGAAGUUCCAGAGUUUUGGUCAGAUGCCACUCACCCCUGACAUUCUCAUCAUUCCCUCUGAGCUGCGCUACUUUGUAAAGGACGUGGCCGGCUGUGUAUGUGUCAAUCCUGGACGGCUGACCAAAGGCCAGGUGGGCGGGACCUACGGCAGGCUGCUCAUUCAGCACAAAGCUACAUCGGAGGACGGGAAGAGAGCGAGCCCCUGUUUGGCUGCUCAGGUGGUAAAAAUCUGAAAACGAAUGAAAGACUUUGGAUGCUUGUCGUCAACAGAAAUGAGUCAACUUGACCGGGACCAGUUUUGCAAGCGACUUUGAAGGCUGCCCUCUUCUAUUGAUGUAAAAUAUGUUAAAAACAAUUCACUGUUUGAAUCCCAUCAGUUUAUUUUUUAUAUUACAAACAUGUUGAGAGUGUAUUGUCACUCAGAAACAAGAACAAUAAUCUCUUUUCAAUAAAUUAUUGUCACACUUGG